AUGUCUGUGGCCCGGAGUCGUGCCCGAACUGAGGCACUUGGGCCAAGGUUGCAGCUCGGCGGAAAGAAAGGACUCAUGCUUGUUGUCGAGGCACAGACGUGCCGCAGAUCCUGCAUUACGCGCAUUUUUGCCCGGCUGUUCGUCAAUCGCCUAUCGAUCUCUUUCAUUUUCUAUUACGCCUUUUGUCGCACGCCUCCUCCUGUUCCCUCAGAUUGCGACUUGUUUUUGUCAUACUUAUUAUGUUGAGCCGGGUUUAGAGAAGCGUCGCUCCUUCGCAUUUUCAUUCGAUUACGAUACUUCUCGUCAUCCGGUUUUUUUCUUCUUCGAUCAAGACCAAUUUUUGAGGCUAGGGCGGUGUAAUGAGCCAUGUUGCAGGAAAAUCAGUGGACGGAUCAACGCUUCGUUUUCGUGGCCGCGAGCAGAUCCCACUGCUCCGAAAAGCCCAAAAAUGUCAAUCGCUACGGAUCACCAAUUGUUUUGAAAGUGAGUGAGACUCUCCCUUUUUUGUACUCUCUUGCAUUGCUUUUUUUUCAGUUUCGUAAGGAAACCUUAUAUUGAAUUUUUGUUUUGGAAAAAAGAGCUAUUUAUUAGAACGUAGAACAUUAGAAUUAAAACAUUUCCUUGGAUUUCUCCAAUGGACUUUUGAUUUUGAGUCAACUCUAUAUUUAUCAAAGAGGAGAGCCUGCCUUGUUUGAAAAAAAGAAGUUCUCGCAAUAAAUCUCGUUUUUCGAGUUAGGACACUUUGAAAGUUUGAAAUAGCUCUUUUUUUGUCAUAAUUUGCGUAUUUUUUUUCUAUUAAAAAGUUCAUGGGGGGGGUAUAAAAAAACCGUUUUUUUAAAUGAAGCCUGAAAAAAAUUUUUGAAGGAAGGAGAGAAUAUAUGUGAUUCCAGGUUUCCCCUUUUUAAUAAAGUUUUUUUAUCAUAUCCUUGAAUAAAAUUCAUUGCAUUCUGCUUUUUAUGAUUCACCAGGUUCCUAGAGCUCUCUACAGUAACCAUAUUAUUCAAAAUUUCCUCGAUCUCAGCCGGAUUUUUAGAAAUACCAAUUCUUUCCAGUCCAGUUUCCGCGGAUUGAAACUUUUCAGAUUUUGGAAAAUCAAAUAUAUUUCUCCAGUAAGUAAGGAAGUGGUUGAGAUGUCGUUCGACUCGGUGUCGUCGGGGGCGACGGGCUGCUUCCCUCGCCGCGCGCACACCAUCACGGCCACCGAAGAAGCUCAUGCUCACACCGUCGUCGUGGGUCUUUUCUGCGCGAAACCCGAAAAUGUGCUCCAGGUCUACUUGCACAGCUUCAACCCCGACUGUGAGAACGACAAACUCGUCGUGGAUGUCCACAAGCGAUGCACCACCGAGGAGCUACUGGAAAAGGUCAUCGGUCUUCGCAAAGGUUUGUCAGAACUGUCGAGGUUGACCUUCACACAUGGGGAUUCUUUCUUAAUAUUCAUUUUGACGUCAGACAUCCAUUUUUUGAAUAGUUUUGGUUCCUGCAAACGUUUGCACUUGAGUCGCUCACUCGGGAACGUUUUUUACCUUUUCACCUUUUUACAGCUAGUUCUAUUUAUUCUCAGAAAACUACUGGAUAGUUGCAGAGCUGGAAGACCAAGCAGUGCAAGACUUCGACCUCUUCGAAAUGAUGGGGACACCAGACGGGCAGACCUACAAGGUGCGUUGUGCCUAGUGUGUCCGAUAAGAAGAGGAAUCAGGAACGGCGACUGGACGCCGGCGAAUAUCCCGUCGCCGUGCAGGCCAUCUGGAGUAGAAUGCCGGCCGCAGACACCGCCACGCCCAAGAACCGAUUCGUUUUUCGGUAGUUUUAUUUUUUCUUGGGGGUAAAAAAAGCUCCUGUAGGGGCCGAAAAAGCGGUCUCUUUAGGGGUAAAAUCAAAGUGGUCCCUAUAUGGGUUUAGGGUCAGACACCUUAGCUGCAAGUGGUCCCUAUAGGGGUCUUUCAAUUGUAUUCAAAAACGCUUAUUUAUUCAGUUUUUUGCAUGAAAAUUAUCGAGUAGCAUGUGUCCUAUAGGGGCCACUAACUAAAACCCCUAUAGGGACCACUUUUUUUAUUUUAGUGACUCUUAUAUGUGUAGGUGAAGUGAUCCCUAGAGGGAGCCCUCCAAGGGCCCCUAAGGUCGCCCCCUCGCCCGCAGUUCAAAAGUGGAUUGAAGAAAAAAAGCGACUAACUGAAACCCCUAUAGGGACCACAACCGCAAUUUUUAGUAGCCCCUAUAGGAGUUGGUAAAGUGAUCCCUAGAGGGGAUCCUCCAAGGGCCCCCCAAGGUUGCCCCUAUAGGGAAUUUUCUCUGAAUUUACUAAGUAGGUCGAAGUCACGGCCAACAGAUCUUAGGAUUUUUCCGAGAACAAAAAUAUUCUCAAUACGCGAUUUACAGGCAAAAGGGCUACCGAGCAGCGACUGGAGGUACGCGAUUCGGGUCGGCCGAAGUCGCGAGUUCAAUCGACGCCUUCCUCACAAAGUUCUUGGCUCAGCCACAGGUUUUACCGUUGCUAGUGCGACUCAAAGCGGCGACUGCAGGACCGCGAGUACGCCGACCUAUGCAUGCUGCCCGAGUUGACGGAGCAAACCCUGCUCGACAACCUUCGAGAUCGGUUCAACAACGGCCACAUUUACACCUACAUUGGUCCGAUUCUCGUGGCAGUGAAUCCGUUCAGGUUGCCAUCCAGCCCAGUCUUCGUUUAUCCCUCGUUGCAGCUUCUUCCCGAUCUACAACCCCAAGUAUGCGCGUCUCUACUGCCAGAGCCGCCGCCUCGGCGCCUUGCCUCCACACAUAUUCGCCAUCGCGGACGUCACAUACCACAAGUGAGUUUUGAGGCGAUUUUCGUAGAGCCCACAUAAAACAGUUAGAUGAUCCAGUAACAGUACCUUGAGGUAAGCUCAUCAUAUUUAAGUUCGAGGUAAUUUUUAAUGAAUAUAUUUUAUCUCAUCCAACCACUCGCUGUCUUUUUUUUUUUUUGAAGAAAAUUCGUUGCUACACUUUGAAUGUUUUCAGUGGCCACUUUAAGGUUUUGAAGUUCCAGUGGCCACUUUAGUAGUCGAAUUAGUUACCACUUAAGAAGCUAAAAUUUAGGGGCCUCCUCAGAAGUCUAAGUCGUAUUACUAAACUAGUAAAACUACUAUAGUGGCUUCUAUGAAAAUGGUUUAGUGGCCACUUUAGUGUCCUCUCCAAGUAUAUCUUGAGUAACCUCUUAAGGGGCCAAUGGAGUUUAUCACAGCAUGCAAAAUAAAACCUUGUUAAGGUUUAUCAGCAAAAAAGUACUUACUCCUGAAGUCGCGGAUUUUCGCUCUGCUUUGUAAACUUGCUUUACUUGAACUGGAGAUUUUUCUCAGCCUGAAUUUUCUUAGACCUAAAAAGUUCAUUUGCAGCAUGUUGCGGAUCAAGGAGAACCAGUGUGUGGUGAUCAGUGGGGAGAGCGGCUCCGGAAAGACCGAGUCGACCAACCACCUCAUGUCGCAUCUCAUCAGCCUCUCGCAGAAAGGGUCCGCCGGCUGCAGCACCGAACACACCCUUUUGAGUGCCGGUCCUGUUCUUGAGGUUGGGCGAAGUACCUCAAACGUAACUUCUCGAAUGCCGGCUACUAGCACCCGUUUUGCUCUACGGGUGCUACUGCCGACCACCCGGUGUUUUUUUUUUUUAACAUUUCGGGUGAUCUUCUGGACUCAAACGGGAGCUCGGCGCGUGAAUUCGUCAUUUGUGUAGAUCCGCUGGACUUAAACGGGGUCUAUGCGCGGCUGAAAAUUACGUUUCGGAUGCUCGGCGAUAGCAUCCGCGUGUGCUGCUGGCCGAGAGUUACUUUCAAUCCUUUCAGCCUUUUCUCAGGACUUCAGCUCCCCUCGUUACUAUUCGAAAUGAGGAGUUUUCAGGCAUUCGGAAAUGCUGUCACCGUACAAAAUAAUAACAGCAGUCGGUUCGGCAAGUUCAUCAAGAUCAACUAUAGAGAGAAUGGGAUGGUUUCUGGGUUGGUUCUUCUUUUUUUGAAUGAUUUUCAAACUCACUUGUGUGUUUUUGUAGAGACAUCUUUUUGGAGAGUAUUUCAAAACUUACAACAGCAAACGUAAGGAAAACACGAAAAUUCAAAGUGUUUGAACUAGCGUCAGAAACGCAUAGUCAACCCAUGAGAAAUUUCAGUUUCCAGAAAAACAAACUAUGCAGACUACUUAGGAACUCCAGAGUGAUCCCUACAGGGGUGACUUUGUCGGCCCUUGGAGAGUCCUCUUUAAAGACCACUUAACCAACCCCUAGCUUGCAAAAGUGGUCCCUAUAGGGGAUAUACAUUUAGUCGUUUAUAGUUAUGAACGCUAAACGAAGAAGCAUUUCCAUGGGAAAAAUUGAAUAAAUAAGCGUUUUAUGAAUCAAAUUGAGAGACCCCUAUAGGGUCCACUUGGGAUUUAUGGGCUAUGAGGUCAGACCCUAAACUCCUAUAGGGACCACCUUAAUUUUACCCAUAUGGGGACCACUUUUCUGUUCCUAUAUUGGUUGUUUUCCUCCCUAACCCUUGUAGGAACGACUCUGAAACUCCUGAGUAGGAAAAUUUUUUUGAGAAACCAGCGAGAAUUUUGUCGCUUUCUCAACUUUAAAGAAUUCUCUACUGUGGUCCACUCAAAAUGUGGAAAUGUGAGUCUUUUUUUUUCAGAGCAAACGUUGAGAUAUAUUUAUUGGAGAAGUCACGCAUAAUUUUUCAAGCCAAAGGAGAAAGGUAAAAACUGACUCUGAUCAGUUACAAAUAGUUUGAUCUACUAAGGAAUUACCACGUUUUCUAUUACCUGCUGGAGGGGGCGAGCGAACAAGAACGAACCGAUUAUUUCCUCCUAAAGCCUCAGGACUACCACUACCUCAAUCAAGUUGUUGUCGUUACUCAGAUGUCGGCUAUAUCCUUUUGCGUUCCAGCAAGAUAAUGGCACGCCGCAGUUCCGAUCGCAGAACGAAAAGUCCGCUUCGGAAGGCGUCAACGAGAAGAACGAGUUUGAGCGGCUGCGGCUCGCCAUGUCAUCCGUUGGCUUCUGUCUCAAGACUCAGCAAACCAUUUUCGGCAUCAUCUCGGCGGUCCUACUGCUCGGCAACAUAACUUACAUCAAGGUUGGAUUUCGAUCGAAGCCAAGCGGAUUGAUUUCUUAGCGUCACGGCUAUCACAUCGACGAGAACGGCUACAUCGAAAACGAAGAAGUGGUCGAUUUGGUGGCGCGACUUCUUCAGAUCAAACCGGACUUGCUCAUGCAGGUAUUUCCUUUCAAAUUGCUCAGGUUAUUGGAUGAGAUCCAAAAGGGGCCCGCUCUCACAAAAGUUGCGGUGCACCCCGCACUGUAACCAGGGGUGCACCCCGUCUAGUUCCAAAUGCCUAUUUAGGUACUUAUUCCGUCCACGAUUUCGAAGUGGUCUCUUCCCCAAUAUCACCAUUUCCCACAGUUUCAUCCUAGACUGUUAUGGUAGCUCAAAAAAACUUUAUUUCCAACCGAUUGCUCCAGGGGUGCACCCUCUCCAGGUCCAAUGCGGGGUGCACCAAAAAGUUCACUUUUUCGGGGUACCCUCAUUUUUGUUAGAGUACAACUGUUCCUCUCUAAUCGCCAUAUUUUUCCUCAAGUUUCGAAUUUGGUUUUGCUUCCAGGCGCUAACCAUGAAGCGACACGUGAUGAAGGCGGAGACCGUGGUGACGAGGUACAGCGUCUCAGAAGUGAGUCUUUUUUCGAGAGACGAGUCAGUGCAAGUCUCAGGCGACGAACACCCGCGAUGCGAUGGCCAAAUGUCUUUACAAUUCCUUGUUCCAUUGGAUCGUCCUCCGUAUCAAUCAGGCUCUGAUCAAACGCGAAUCUCCAGUCAACAAGGGAUACUACAUCGGUAAUUUCUUAGUGUGCAAUUCUUCUUGUUUUAUCCACUAGCAGAUUCUUGUAACAAAACUUGUUUUGAAUCGAUUUUUCUUACUCGGUCAAUUUCUGAAACUGUUUAUAUAGCCUGUGUACCACGACUUGGAAUUUCACCAAACGACAUUCCGCUGUGCCGCUGCGCGCCUUUGCGAACCUCGGUCGCGCUUUUAGUUUUUUUUUUCUUUUUUCAAGGCUUCUAAAGCAAUAGCAAUCAAUUGAAAGCGUGACCUAGAUUCGAAAGACGCUUCGCGAACGCACGCAGCGGAACAGCGGAAUGUCGUUCCGUGAAACGGCACACAGACUAUAAAACCAAAACAAACCUCCCUUUUCAGGUAUUUUGGACAUAUUCGGUUUCGAAGACAUCGGGGCGCAGUGGAACAGUUUCGAGCAGCUUUGCAUAAACUACGCAAAUGAAAAGUUGCAGUCGUACUUCAACCAACACAUUUUCCAGUUCGAGCAGGUUGCAUUUUCUAUGAUCCCUGUUUGAAAUGACAUGAAAACAGGAAGAAUAUUUGAAAGAAGGCAUCUCUUGGACCAACAUCGAGUACACGGACAACACGGAGUGUGUCGAACUGUUCCAGGCAACUUUCUCCCCUUUUACACCCACCUUUCCAUUCUUUCAGAGUAAGCCGUACGGCAUCCUUCGCUUGGUCGACGAGGAGAGCAACAUCAACAACGGCACGGACGACUCGAUGCUUGCCAAACUCAAUCAGUUUCUGAAGGCUUUUUUCCCUUCUUCUUCCUGAAGACAAACUUUUUUCCAGAAUAACGAUUAUUACGAAACGCCACAGAAAAAAGAGCCCGCCUUCAUCGUGGCUCAUUAUGCUGGGAAGGUCAAGUAUCAAAUCACUGUAAGUGAGAUCCGCGUCGACCAAAAACAGUAGACGACAGGGCUUUCGGGAGAAAAACAAGGACUUGAUGCGGCAAGAUGUCCUGAACGCGCUCAAGUCGAGUCGCAACGCCCUUAUGAAAACCAUGCUCGGCCUGGACGCCGUCGCCGUCCAUCGGUUCGUCAAGUUUUUUUCUCGGUUGAGCUGAGGCCGUACUCAUGAACAUUGAAACUUUGCGAGCCCGGUCAAGCCAAUCAAAAAUUUCCUAUCGUGAACCGGUUCAUUCAGUCUCCAGAGAAGAUUCUCUGCUGAAUCAUGUAAUAAGAGUUUUUUGUCGGUUAGCGAAACUGUCGUUGAUCAAGAACGGCGAGUAGACAAUAUCGUCUUCCUUGUGACAGUAGUAGUCGAAUCUUAUGCAUCUUCUAAAGGGUUCACUUUUACUCAUGAACUUUCAGCUUUUCAGAUGAGACCAAUAGAUAAAUUCCAUGUCCAAAACAUAUCAUAUCGAUUAAUGAGAUACAUCUUUCUCAAGGUGGAACGUCGUCCGCAGCGUGUUCCGGGCUAUGAACGCCUUCAAGCAAUCUGCGCGGAGACUUCAGAAGAGCGGUUUGACAACGAGUCUCGCUUUGGAAUAAAUCGGAAAGUUGAGAGUCUGCCGGUCACCUGCAGGUUGGCGGACCGCCGCUUCUGGCGCCGCGUCGAGGCUCCGAUUCGGCCCUGUCGGCUUUUCUUCGCGGAGAACUGCACGUUGAACUCCCUGAGUUCUGCGACACGAGCAUGUUUGCGACGAUCAGAACGCAAGCGCGACGAACGCCGGCUAACAAGUCUGACGAAAAACUGAGCACUUUGAAGAGUCUACAGGUAGAAACUCUUUUUUUUUUUUUUGCAAUCUCUUGACGUCUCGUUCUAGAUACUCAAAGAGGCUCUCGGAGGACGGCGAAUUUCAAAAAAGCCGUCGUCUGUCUCCAAACAGUUUGAAUACUCGCUGAACCGACUAAUGACGACGCUUUCCAACGCGACGCCUUACUUCAUACGGUGCAUCAAGAGCAACAACGACAAGGCAAUUCGCUCCUCCUCUCUUUUCACGUUUUCCCUCAGAUCCCUAACCACUUCGAUGACAACAUCAUCUUGCGUCAACUCCGCUACACAGGCAUGCUGGAAACAGUUAGAAUCCGCAGGGCUGGCUACUCUGUCCGCAUCGAGUAUCCUGUAGGUGAACCUUGUCGCACUCUUGUAUGAGUUUUUUCAGAGUUUUAUCCAACAAUACCGGAUAUUGCUGAAAAAUGGUCGAGAAAGCACGGUUGAAGAUAUCAAAGAGCUCAUCCAGAGUCAUCCUUCCAUCGACAGUGAAAACAUUCAGUACGGAGUCAGCAAGGUUACUGGGACCCUGGGUUUGAAGUUCAUGUCGAAUUCUUCAAAGUUGAACUCCUCCUUGAUAAAUUUUCCCAUAUCAGACCAGAACAUUUUCUUUCCAGAUUUUCAUGCGUGAUGCUGACAAACUAAUACUGGAUGAUCAUCUUCACAAAACCAUUAUGCAUAACAUCGGUAGCUCGCCUACCUGGUCUAAAAUUUGACAAGAGAACUUUUUAAGACACGCUGCAACGUUGGUUCCGAACAACUAUCGCCAGGAAAAGAUAUUUAAGACUCAAACAAGGUGUAACCAAAAUACAGGUUCUUUGAUUAUGUGGCAAGUCUUCUGAACAAAAGAAUUAAGGCGUUGGUCCGAGGAGCUCUGGUCCGCAGCCAACUCCGACGGCAGUCCUACGCAGCACUGGUCAUUCAGUCCAACUGGAAAAGGUUAGUGAGCCAUUCGAACCAUGUUGAUUGGUUGACAAUUGAGGUACCACGAACAACAGCAAUACCAACGCCUGAGGAACACCAUCAUUGCCCUACAGUCAGCAUACCGAGGAGCGGCAGCCAGGAAGAAGUUUGUCGAAAUGCCCAAGAACCCCGCCGGAACCAAGAAGUUCCACUUGAAAAAAGUGCAGGCCGUCCAACUGACGGCCUUCAACCUAAAUGAUCCGAUGUCAUUGGCUGCGUUUGCUGAGUCUGACGAGGAAACCGAUAGGUUGGCUUGCGUCGAAGUUUUGCUCGCUAGAACGAUCAUUUAAGCGACGAGACUACCCAAGACGGACUCGACGAGGACGUUUCCGAUGGGAGCGUUCUCGGCGACGAUGGCGCUUUUCAAGAGUCUCACCUUUUUUCCGACAUAGUGUAAUCGUUUUUUUUUUAGAGACGACGCCAUCGAGCUGGACGCCACAUUCAUCUUAGAAGACACCAAACUGAAGCUCAUAGAGUUUGAGAAAAUGUGUGAAGAAGUGAAAAAGCACUUGCAGAGAUUCGGCCGAAAUGGCGAGCCAUCAUCGUCGGCAGUCGCUCGCCCCAGCAGCGUCGACCACCAAACUGAAAAUGAUGCGCAGGGCGAACAGCACAGAAUCCAACAAUUUCUCCAUCGUCCGGCACGUCGACGAUUUUCCCAGCACUUCGGUAAAGUCCUCAGAAAUGCGCUCAAACUCCCAUUUUAGUUGAACUCUAGUGCCAAAAAGAAAGCGGGAACACGGCUGGGAUUCAAGAAAAACCUGAAGGCGCUUUUUGGCCGUCGUGAGGACGAUUUGGAAGAGCCGGGGCCGAGUUUCACCAACGAACUGACGCCAGAAGUGCCUUCCAUGGAGCACCAGUUCAAGAUGUCCAGACUGCAUCGGCAAGAAGUGUGCGCCCUUUGCAAUCGUCAUCUCACCGGAUUCAUCUCUCAGGCUCACAAGUGUCAAAGUGAGAUCAUCAACUGUCAUUCACUAAAUACGUUUUUUCGUACCACAUUCUAAAAAGCUCCCUUUGACCUGAAGAUAGAAUUUGACGAAAGAAAUAUUAACAAAGGCUGGCAACAAUGAGAACCAACAAAAAAAAACAUUUAUAGGGAGUUAAAAAUCUUUUUGGAUUCUUACCUGGGAAGGUAACCAGCAGGAAGCUGCAGAGUUAAUGGGAGCUAGAUGAUCUUGAGAAACCCUUGAGAAGGUGUUCAGAAGGUAGUUGGAAGGUCUUUGAAGCCUGAAGCCUUCCAGCAGGUUUCUGAAAGGUGAGUAGACAAGGUAUGUGGAAGACGUUCGACCACUUCUGAAAAGGUUCCAAACGCCUUCCAAGGAACCGAAAGCAGAAGCUUCCCAACUUCUAACUGAGUACUGACUUAUAAAUUAUUAGAUCAUUUCUUGCAAACUCGACUUACCCUUUCAAGUACAUUAUUUUCCUCCAGGGUGCAAAAUGUGUCUACACAAAGAAUGUGCUGCGUUCGCCAGUUCGAUUCCUUGCAAUCCGGUGUCUCCAGUUCGGUCUCCGACACGCCUCCAUUCGCCGAAGCGACCCUGGGACAUUGUGUGAGUUCACUUCCGUGGAAUUUCAGCCUCCACUUUAGAAAAGUAUUCCAAUAACGAGAUUGAGAAUAAAUCAAAAUGAAUGAGUCUGCGCCUAAAUUUUCUUGAGGACUAAUGGAUCAAAAUCAUCUUCUCUUCUGACGGACCUUUUUGCAGAACUCAGAAACAACGGCAAUUGUCCGCAUCGCCCAUCUUUGGCACUUUCAAUUUGAACAACACUAAACAGCAGGUCUAGAACGAUGUUUUUCCUUCAAUCUCCGUUUUCUCUUUCAGACUGACCCAGGAAAUAUGGUGGUCGAAUCAUCUGAAGACCUUCGACAGUUCAGCGUCUUCAUCUUCAAUAAAACGACCAAUCUCUCUGAAAAGACAGCUAAAAGGUUUUUUUCCGGACUGUGGUCAAACGAACUGAGUUUCAAGAGACACAAUCGUCGACGCGGUCUUCAAGAAAUCUCUGAGGGCUUUCCACAUGGAACUCUUAGGGUACGAAGCAGUUUUAUCGGUAAGCGGAUGUUCACUCGAUUUCACUCUAUAUAAAACGCGUUGAAAAAAUCCCCCAUUGAGCUAAAUAUUUCUGCUUUUGAUGAGACUUUGGAAACGAAAAAAAAGUCGAUUUUUUCGAAGCGAUCAACUGUCAAGCCCCCUUUUUUAUAUGGACCUUGUGAAUAAAAAAACAUGUUGAGCAAGGAAACUCGGUACUGAAAUACCGCGACGUGAUCACCAUGUUCGAGGGACUUCUGACGAAAGUUUGUCACGAGGAAAAGGUCUCCUUCCCGACAACGCUCGGCGUCAACGCUUUCCGGUUUGCUCCAGUCCCUCGAAAACUAUCAGGAUACUUUGCAGUGGAUUUCUCAAUGAGUUCACGGUUUAUCAAACGAAAAAGAAGAGCAGCAAGCAGAAGUCGAGCAUGAUCAAGGUGAAGCUAGUUGAACUCUCCAGGUGUAAUCUAAGCUCAAAAUGUCCCUCUUCAGUCCUGCUCUGACAUUUUAGCAACAGAGGAUAUAGUCUGUGCGUCACGACUUGAAACUUCAUGGAACGAAAUUCCGCUGUUCCGCUGCGUGCGUUCGCGAAGCGUCGUUCGAAUCUAGGUCACGCUUUCAAUUGAUUUUUAUUGCUGUGGGAGCUCAUGAAAGUAUAGUAUCUUGAUAAAAGAAAAAAAAAAUUGAAAGCACGACCAAGGUUCGCAAAGCACGCAGCGGCACAGCGGAAUGUCGUUCCGUGAAAUUUCGAGUCGUGGCACACAGACUAUAAAUGGUUCGAGUUUAGAGUGUUCGCAAAAAGCGGCGCAAGUCAGACGUAUCGGUGAGAAUAGCAUCAUUAUGUGGUAGUGAUUAGUAUAGUUUUCGUUUUUCGUCAUAGUCUUUGGGUAAUAACGUUUCUGCACGCAACAUCCCUCGCUUACCAAUUUCGUUUCUCCGGAGUUUUUGAAUGGUUUAGUUUCAACCUUUUCUCUUUUCACGUUAUUAGUUGGUUUAGUUGAUUUGAGGAUCUAAUCAGAUGUGAUUCUCUUCUUCUAACUUCCUCGUCGAGAGGAACUCACCCUCUUGCUAACUAUGAGCAUCGACGGCGGCGCUUUCAGAUUCACGCAGGUCAUCGCUUCCGGACCGACGUGGUUCAUGUGCCGACCUACUGCGAAGUGUGCAAUCAACUGAUCUGGCACCACGAGAAGCUGUUCAUCUGCGUCGCCUGCCGCAUCUCGUGUCACAAGAAGUGUCACACGAAGGUGCUUCACGGGUGUCCGCUCGUUGGUCAGCCGCUAUCGGACCAGGUUGCUUUCAUUAAAGACUUUACACGGAACAAGUUACAAACAGAAAUAACUCCGUUAUGAAAAAAGCUUUUUUUCGUCGGGGUUUUCUAGAAAAUUCAUUCUCAGCCUAUGGGGCGUUUCUUCGGAGCAUGUCUGGCUUCGUUGGUGGACGAGGAGCACGCGACGCCUCCACUCAUCGACCGUCUCUUCUUGGCGAUCGAGACACGCGCCUUGUUCACCGAGGGUCUUUACAGGUUAGCUGGAAGCUUUUCUUCUUCUCAGCGUGGUUUAUCAGGAAAUCCGGGUCUCUGUCUCAGGUGCGAAACAUUCGACGCGACAUUGAAUCUUCCUCUGGUGCGUUUAAAUUUUCAAGUCUUUUCAGCUAAAUAAAAGCUCAUAAAUAGCCUGUGUACCACGACUUGAAAUUUCACCAGGCGACAUUCCGCUGUGCCGCUGCGCGCCUUUGCAAACCUCGGUCGCGCUUUUAAUUUUUUUUCUCUACUUUCAUGUGCUCCCACAUCAAUAACAAUCAAUUCAAAGCGUGACCUAAAUUCAAAAAAACGCUUCGCGAACGCACGCAGCGGAACAGCGGAAUUUCGUUCGGUCAAAUUUCAAGUCGUGGCACACAGACUAUACAUGAGCAAGCACACGAAUCGUUUUCUUAGCUGACAAAGUAUUUCGAGAUGGAUUGAAAAAUCUGAACCGAUAGCAAACUGUUUUUGGGUAUCUUUUCUUUGAAACCUCAAAUUUCUUAAGAUCUCGAGGCAGUGCAGCUGGACGAGGUGCCGGUGCACGUGCUGACGACGCUCGUCAAGUCUUUUUUCCGCGAGCUGUCGGAUCCCCUCAUAUCCUUUGAUCUCUACGAGAACUUCCUUCACGUUUCUGGUUAGUCGACAAAACAAGCAAUCGAAGAAGAGGGAAAGCAGACGUGGAAGACCUUCCGGAGAGAAUUCGCUGUCUUUCUGUCAUGAUCGAGCUUCUGCCCAAGGCGAACCGUGCGCUUCUCGACAGGCUCAUGUAUCACCUCGCCAGAGUUGCCCAGCAGGUCAGCUUUCUUCUGAUCGUUUGUAGAGAUUAUCUGACAGAAAGUUAUCAAGUUUUGGGUUUCAAGUGCAGUAUCUUUUUCUCCUCCAUUAAUUCGCCUUUCAGGAACCGGUCAACAAGAUGGGCUCGAGCAAUUUGGCGCUGAUAUUUGCUCCUUGUGUGCUGAGAAGACAAGAUUUCGUGCACGCCCAGGAGCAGCUGAACGACGUGUCGCGUCAAGCCGUUUGCGUUCAGACGCUCAUCGACGAGAAACUCCGGCAUUACCGAGCCACUUUGCUCAACAUCGUCCAGCUGGAGGAUGCCAGCCAGAAGGUCGUGCUCAUUCCAAAGCAAGUCAAAUCCUAGAGUUACAGGUCCAUGCCAACUUGCGAAAAAUAGCCGAGCAUGAACGGAGCGAGCUGAAGACGGCCCAGAACAUCGGAACCGCCAAGUUGCUUUUCCAGGAACAGUUGGACUUCCUCGGCAGACAAAAGUUUGUCUGCUUUAUCAAAGUCGAUCGAAAUGAAAGAAACCUUACCGAUGAUUUCUCGGACAUUGGUAAAGCGAUACGGACUUGCUCUGGACGUUUUUGAGAAACUCUAAGAGAUACUGAAGAGCGCUGGCGCUACUAAAGGGGGCACUAAGAAUGCUCCGACAAGCCCAUUCCGCGUUACCAAUGUGUAAUCCUUUCAUAUACUUCGAAGAGCGCAUAGUUUGUCACAGAAAUAUCCAAAAUUGGUCUUUGCACACAGUGCUGGUACAAUCCUGUUAAGACCCUCAUCAAAUAUUUUCUUUAGUAUUUUCGGAAAAAGAGGUCAUUGAUGUGAGCGACGCCUUAGAAUAGUGCUCCCAAGUGCCGGAAUUUCGUCUUGUCUAGUGAAAUCAAAGGCUCAAACAAUGUUUCAGAGAACGGCUUCUACAAGAGCUGCCUCCGCUGGCACCAGUCGCUUCUUCAGAAGACCUGUCGUCGUCGGAUGAGAACGCGACGACGUCGACACACGUCGAGGAAUACGCGCUGGAUCUCGAGGCGCCGCCAGUCUUUCGCGUCGUCCAAUACUUGACUAAGACUCGUCCACGACCGCCUCGGCGUCGACCGCCUUCUCGGUUCUCCGCAAAACCCUCCACAGUAUUCUUUUUCACGGCUGCUCCAGAUUGA